AUAUUCCAAAUAUUGUACACUUUUGAGAUUAUGAAGUUACUGGUCAUUAAAGUUUACUUCACCUUCCACAACGACCUAGUCGUUCAAGAUAAUUCAGGUCUUGCUUGUAAAUGAUCAUCAAGCUUCAAGUGUGGACCGUGUCUAUCAUCAGAAGUGGACGGCCCACCUCGCUUCCAAUCCUCAACGUCGUUUUGCCAGCGCAAAACAUCACCGCCAUCUUUUCACCAGUGAAGUCUUCAACAACUUCGGACUCGGAUACCUCGUAUAUGAUUCGACAUUUUAGAAAAUCUCAGGCAUGUGUAUCGUCCCGACCCGCACAUAGGUGGAAUAAUCUCAUUCGGUACCUGAGAAAAACAUUCCAGAAGCUCACCCACGGAUCUCUUUUCUAUCACACGUGCAUCGGCAGUGGACCCGUUAUUCGGAGACUCCCUGCUCGAUACCCCUCCUCACUAUCGCCGAAGCUUGAUCUCCUUCCCAAUCCAGAACAUAACCCGCUUGCAAUAUAUCUUGAUCUCCUAGCCUGUCGAAGUGGCUUCUCCCGGAUGCGAUUCAGAGCAUGCAAAAGCAUCACGUUUUGACCUUCUGGUUUCGUUUCAUGCGGUAGUCUCGGCAAUGCAUCUGGGGAAAUGAAAGCUUGGCCGUUGAGGCUGGGUAGAUGAAGUCGUCAUCCCUUCCUGUAGCUCUGAACGUGGCUAAGCAUGAUCGUCUGAUUUGAUUAGGAUCUGAUCCAGUCUGUUUAUGCGCCAGGUACCCGGAGGCU